AUGUAUAGCUCUGCCCCAACUUAAUCCACCUUGGAAAAGUCAGGAGCCUGGGAAAUAAAGGCAAUGACUUUCUCCAGCCUUGUUGUUCCAUGGUCACCAGGGACCCCAGGGCAUCCACCUACCAUCCCAACAAAAUCUCACAGAGCCAGGGACCAUGAAGAUGUUGCUGCAGAGCUCAGUAGCACACAGCACAGCCAUUCAAAUCAACUGGCAUUUAUUGAGGGCUGCUAUGUCAGCUCCUUUUCCACAGUACACUUCAAUGCAUGCACACACACACAGAAACACACACUGCUAUAACCAAUGAGAACUGAGAGCCAGUAACUUUCUGGACCUUUGCACAUGCUGUUC